GACAUUAACUCAAGGAAUGCUUUGAUCCUUACUUUGCGCUAAAAAGCUGAAAUACUUACACUGGUAAAAUACUUAUAUAUGGGAGGGGGAAUCCACCAAACGGCCCGCCUUAGGACAAUGGAGACUAUAACAAGAUUCCAGGAGGGAUGGAAGUAUCACACCACUUUGCUGUGUGUCUAUGGCUUCUUCAGCACCGUGAAACCGCUUGAGCCAUUCCUCAUUCCAUACCUGACGGGACCGGACAUGAACUUCACCACAGAACAGGUGAACAAUCAGAUAUUCCCAGUGUGGACCUACUCAUACCUGGUUGUGCUCCUACCUGUGUUUUUGCUGACUGAUUAUCUACGCUACAAACCAGUCAUCGUGCUUCAGUGUGUAAACCUAUGGGCAACCUCAGGCCUGUUGCUAUGGUCACAUGGGGUGGCUGCCAUGCAGGUAAUGCAAUUCUUUUAUGGCAUGGUGACAGCGUGUGACGUUGCCUACUUUUCCUACAUAUACAGCGUGGUGGAGCCCCGAUAUUAUCAGAAGGUAACAGCCUAUUGUCGGAGUGUACAACUGCUGGGAUAUACUGUGGGGUCGGUAUUGGGUCAGCUGCUGGUCAGCUUCGAUCUUAUGUCUUACCAUGAAAUCCUGAUCCUGAACCUUGUCCUCAUCAGCAUUGCCCUAGCAACCUCCUUCCUUUUGCCCAUGCCUCAGAAAAGCAUGUUUUUCCACCGCCAACAAGGCAAAGAAGAGCAGAUUACUCAACGUGGUGCUAGCACAAACAGUAAUGAUGUACAAACAAUGGAUAUUAUGAAUUCAGACCAAGUUGUAUCUUCUAAAAGCAGUACAGGAAAAGACAGCACCGAAGAACAGGUCCACAAGGGGAAUUUCGACAGAAACAACAGAACAGAGGUCUGUGAUAGUGUGACUGUUAAUGAUAAUACUGGACAUACAAGUGUUCUACUCCAACUUUGGAGAGACUUCUUGAAAUGCUAUUCCAGACAGCUAUUGUGCUGGUCCUUGUGGUGGGCACUUGCCACCUGUGGCUACAAUCAGACAGUCAACUAUGUGCAGGUCCUUUGGGAGCAUGUGCAGCCCUCACAGAACUUUACCAUCUAUAAUGGUGGAGUAGAAGCUAUAUCCAACCUAUUUGGUGCUGCUGCAGCUUACACAGUCGGCUUCAUAAAUGUGAAUUGGUCCACAUGGGGUGAACUGGCUCUUGGGUCAUUCUCAGGCUUGGGUGCAGGUGUACUCUUCCUCAUGACCUUUGCAGGAAAUAUCUGGGUCUGCUAUGCUAGUUAUGUCAGCUUCAAGUUCUUAUAUAUGCUACUUAUCACAAUUGCUAUGUUCCAGAUUGCUGCGGACUUGUCAGUAGAGAGAUAUGCCUUGAUCUUUGGAGCCAACAAUUUUUGUGCUUUGGUCCUACAGACAACCAUUACUGUAGUGGUUGUGGACAGCAAAGGACUAGGCUUGAACAUUAUUUCACAGUUCAUCGUAUAUGGAACCUAUUUCUCCAUCAUAGCCCUCUUAUUCCUUGUGAGAGGUAUAUACACAGUGGUGAGCAGAAGUCACACAGUACAUCCACCUUGUGAGCAAGAAGCACGGCCCGAGACACCUGCCACAUAA